AUGUCUGCGGUAGGGAACUUAGUCUCCAUCCAAGACUAUCGGGAUCUUUUCAGUCACCACCUUGCGAAACUGGACAUUGUAAAAUCGGGUCUUGGGAUCGAGCCGCCCUUGACGGAAGUCGAUUGCGCUGAGUUAGUGACACUGGUGGAAGCAAAGGCUGUGAACAAGUCUCCUGAACAAAAUAGCAAGGCGCAUUACGCCGCUGUCGAGACGGUUUUCCGUGAAAGGUUCUACUCUCUGCUACAAACCGAGUCAAUCGACGAACCUUCGUUCACAAGAAUCUGGAACCUGCUGGAUAUCGUUGCCAUUCUUUCCGAUCAUGAGCUUUGCGAGCCUGGCCUUAUAUUCUGGUUGGUGGAAGAGCUGCUAGAUAGCCAGAUCAUCGAUGGAUGCAGAAGAGUUUUUGACUAUCUGGAGUCACGCAGGGAGAGAAUCACUGCUAAACACUUCGCUCAGAAGCAUCUCAUCAUUCUGAGGUCAUGCAAUGAGCUCCUACGUCGGCUAUCUAGGGCAGAGGAUACCGUUUUUUGUGGCCGAGUCUUCAUCUUCCUCUUUCAAAGCUUUCCAUUAGGCGACAAGAGCUCUGUCAAUCUGCGAGGAGAAUUCCACCUGGAAAACGUUACUGUAUACGACAAGGAUAAUAAGAAAUCAGCCGAUGCUAUCAAGCCUAUGGACAUAGAAGUCAACCCUGACAGGACUGUUUCCGAAGCAGGUACACCUGCCGCCGCAUCCACUGCAAAAGAAGAAACGCCCGGUCCUGGAAAAGAACAUCCAAAGUCUGCAAAGGACGACUCGCCACCGGAUCUCGAUUCCUUAUAUCCCAUAUUUUGGGGAAUGCAGGCGAAUUUCUCACAUCCGAUUCGGCUGUUUCAACCCGAGAAUCUGACAUCCUUCAAGGAAAGUCUUGCUGCCACUUUAGAUUGUUUCCAGAAGGUUCACAGUAAUAUCUUAGCUUCUACGAAUCGUUUGGAUGAAAGUAAGCGAGGCAUGAAGCGCAAGCGGUCAGGAUCUGGUCUUGAGUUCUCCAAUAGUGUAAAUACCAAGUACUUGACGAAUAGGGAUUUGUUCGACCUCGAGGUGCAUGACAUAGCUUUUCGGCGGCAUAUUCUCGUGCAAGCUCUGAUCAUUCUGGAUUUUCUCCUAUCGUUGACAGCAUCUGCAAAGCUGAAGUUGUCCGAUUCCAUGAAUAAAGCUGUACUUUAUCCGUUCACCUUGUCAGAGGAGGAUGCUGCAUGGGCUCUCAGCACCAAGGCCUCGAUUGCAAGUUAUCUGCAGCAGGGCAACGGCAACGAGGGCAAGUUCUACUACAGGAUGGUUGACACGGUCCUCAGCCGAGACAAAAACUGGGUACGAUGGAAAGCUGAUUCCUGUCCCAGCAUUGACCGACCGCCGGUCAAGGUUGAAGAAUACCUCGAUGCGCAACAAAGGCUGAAGAAGCUGUGCAGUAAACACGCUCUUCCACCCCCACCGGGCGCUGCAGAGCUGGAUUUCUUAUCUAAGAACAUGAUGCUAGACAGCCUCAAGGACCAGGUCAAGCUCUCGAUCCCGACUCCAGAAGCCUUCUACAAAGGUAUCAAGAACGACGAGCUUGAUGCUGAGAUGGGUACCCCUGAAGAGAUCAAGGCUGCAAUAGACGCCAAGCAAAGCAAACUUUGGAGAGCGCUUCGUGCGUCAAAGAGCAGAUUCAACCUUUGCGAAAGGAUCGAUAAUGGCAAGAACCUUGAUGCUUUGCUGCAAGAGAACAUGACGCCAGCUCCCGCCACCGAAAGCGCCGAGCUAAUUACGGAGACUGACUGA